CGCAUCAACGUCAAAGGAUGCAUCAGAUGUUUUAUACGUACUCCCUCCCAUUCGCCUCUCUGGUUCUCUGGAACGGAUUCGUGUACCGGCAGAACACGCUGUACGUAUUGCGUUCCGUACCACUUUGGGUCAACUGCGCAUGCAAUUCUCGCGUGAAUUCUCACGAGCUGCUGUUCAGCUGUCCGAAUUCACAACGUACGAACGACGACGAUUGGAACAGUAUGGUCGACGUCCUGCCGUUUCAGUCCGUCAGAGGUGGGAAGCUAUUCCGUGCAAUGCAUCUUUCGGUUAAAAACCGAUGUGUAUUUGUGUGUGUGGGGGGGUGCGCUUGUUUGCAUGUGUUGUAUCACGUUGUGGGUAGGUGGCCACACAUGGCCUUGGUUUUCCAAGCCUAUCAAAUGCUCCUUCCCGUACAAUCGGUCUAG